AUGAACUCGGUGCACAGACGCAGGCUACAGUUAGUUGCAUUUGCGUUGUCUGUACUAGGAUGGAUUUUAACUGGUACCUGUAACUAUUUACCAGACUGGAAAAAUCGCAGCUUAGACUUAAAUGUGCUGGAGCUUUGGACCAUGGGACUCUGGCAAGCCUGUAUAGUCCAAGAUGUAGGAGGAACACAGUGUAAAGAUUUUGAUUCUUUCCUAGCUUUGCCUCUAGAAUUCAAGAUCUCCAGGAUUUUAGUAUCUACAUCAAAUGGACUAGGACUUCUGAGCCUUGUGAUCGCUAGUCUUGGUUUGGACUGCCUAAAGAUGGAGGAUACAGAGCAGAAGCUGAAGAAACAGCUGUUACUACUUGGAGGAGUACUCCUGUGGAUGUCUGGAGUUCUGGCCUUAGUCCCUGUUUCUUGGGUUGCGCAUACGAUAAUCCAGGAAUUUUGGGAUGAAGACAUCCCAGAGAUUGUGCCCAGAUGGGAAAUAGGGGAUGCACUGUUCAGUGGUUGGUUUGGUGGAUUUUUUAUAAUUCUAGGAGGAUCUCUACUCCUCUCCACAAUCUGCUUAUCAUCUGACCAUCAGUUACCAGAGCAGUAUGCAAUGGCAGAUACGCAAGAUAUGCAUCCAUCAACAUCUGGAAAUAGACGACUUUAA